UCAUGGGCUGUGGCCUAACAUCAUCAUCACACGAUUGCUUUCUACUCAUUGGCUACUGGUCUCCUCCUCCCUGGAAAGACACACAAACCAAUCAGUAGAUCAUUUGGAUGAGUGGGUGGCGGUCGUAGUGGUGUCGUCUGCGCGUUUGCAUCAUUGUGCCACGCAGCAGCGGGUGUCGUGACGGACGGCGAUAAGUGGGAGUGGGAGCUCGGAGGGGCGACAGUGCACAUCAACGCUCAGUCGGAUAACUUGCUCAUCGUGGGACCACCUGGGAGCACGUCGUCACAGAACAUCAUCAUGUCCAGCAGUUUAACGAUGGAUCACGCCUUCCUAGCUCGGUCCAUGUGGCCGGGUGACGGGAAAUUCGUGCAGCAUCCCGCCGAGCUUCACACCAGCGUGGUGGUGACGCGCAGCAUCCCCGCGGGGACCAGCUUUGGUCCGUGUGUGCUCCAUCACACUUUUUACGACACCAUCGCUUUCAUUGCUCAGAAAUCCAGCGAUAGAAGAGCCAAACCCUGCGUGUUCAGGGUGGACCCAGAGGCCAUGCGUAAUUCCGCCUUGGUGCUGUCUUGGCUACGGCUGGUGCAGGCUGCGCGCAACGGAGAGGAGCAGAACACGGAGGCCUUUUUGAAAGGAGGUCAGCUCUACGUGCGGACCACCAGGGACGUCCACCAGGAGGAGGAACUACUGGUGUGGUACGACCGGGAGCUAUGUCACCUUCUGGGCUUCACAGAAACCUGCAGAGGCUCGGGUGAAG